AUGCGCGCCCUCCUCCUCCUCGAGCCUCUGUUCUCGUCGGCGGAUGGGGGAAGAGGCAGCGCAGGAAUCGACGUCGAAGAAGAGCUCGCCGAAGAGACGUGGCUGGAAAUCAAAGAGGAAACCCUUGAUUUCGCUGACGAAUUAAGGGAGCAGGCGAUCGAGGCAAUGGUGAAGCGUGGAUUUCCUUUCGACAAGGAACCAGGCGUGAAAGACUCGUUUGAUUUCGCUCAGGCUUACAGAAGCACGAUCUCGACUUCAUCAUUUAUGGCUGAAGGCAGUGUGGACAGAGGCUCACCGGAUAGGCUUCAGACGACGCAUGCGGAAGGUAGUAAAGAGGCUACACGCGGGAAGGGGAUUUUCGGUUGUGACGUGUGUGGUAAGAAAUUCACACGUAAGGAAAAGGUCGUGAUUCACAUGAGAGUACAUACAAAGGAGAAACCAUACAGCUGUGAGGUUUGCAAUAAGCCCUUCUCGCAGAAACAUACUCUAAAACAUUUCUUAGUUAGUCACAAAGGAGUACAUACAAAGGAAAAGCCAUAUAGCUGUGAUAUUUGCAAAAAGGCAUUUUCUUGGAAAAAUUACUUAGGAAAUCACGCCAGAGUACAUACAGGACACAGGCCUUAUUCCUUUUAUUUGAGAAAGCUCAUUGAGAUCUUGUCGGUGACUUACACUGUGUUGGCCAAUUGGACAUUCCAGAUCGAUAAAGGAGUAAUAGAAGCGGGAGGUGUGGGUGAUGUGGAGGACGAGGUGGAGGACAAGUCGAAGGUGGUGGACCCGCUGUUCCCCGAUGACUUGGACCACAUCCCUUACUCGCGACCCAGGUUGUCGCCAGAAGAGAGCAUCAAGAAAUCAAAGGAAUUUUAUGAGCUGAUGGACACUCGUCGCUCCGUCCGAUUCUUCAGCGCUGACCCCGUUCCGCGAGAGGUCAUCGAGAACGUGGUCAGAACGGCGGGCACCUCCCCUUCCGGCGCCCACACCGAGCCCUGGACCUUCGCAGUGGUGGGCGACCCCGAGGUCAAGCAGCGGGUUCGAGAAAUUGUGGAAGAGGAAGAAGAGAUUAAUUAUAAGAAGAGGAUGGGAAACCAGUGGGUGCAGGACCUGAAGGCGCUGAGGACUUCGUGGGUGAAGGAGUACCUGACGACGGCCCCCUGGCUCAUCCUGGUGUUCAAGCAGACGUACGGGAUGCUUCCCGACGGUCGUAAGAGGAACCACUACUACCACGAGAUCUCGACGGCGCUGGCGGGCGGGAUCCUGCUGUCGGCAAUACAUAACGCGGGUCUUGUCACCCUCACCUCGACGCCCCUCAACUGCGGUCCCGCCCUCAGAACCUUGCUGAACCGCCCACCGAACGAGAAGCUCCUCUUGCUCCUGCCAGUGGGCUUUCCCUCUGACGAAGCCACGGUGCCCGACCUCAAGCGGAAACCACUGGAGGAUAUUAUGGUUGUGGUGUGAGGGAGGUUUCUUGGUUCGAGUUGUUUCUUUCUUGAGGGUUUUGUGAGGGUUCUGAGAGUGAGAGACAUGAGGGUUUUGUGAGGGUUCUGAGAGUGAGAGACAUGAGGGUUUUGUGAGGAUUCUGAGAGUGAGAGACAUGAGGGUUUCAUGUUUCUGAAGAGAAUUCUAUGAGGCUCGUAUGAGGGGUUCGUGAUGUAUGAGUUUUCAAGAGGUUUAUCUUGUUUUUGUCAGGUUUGUAUGAGAUUUUCUGUGAUUUUUCGAGGUUCUCAAAGUUUCCGAUUUUGUGAGUUAUACUUUAACAUAAGUUUUUAUAUCAGGAUGUGAUGUAUGGAGGUAUGAGGAGCGCUUUCAUGAGGCUGAAUGAGGAUUUAUGAGGUUUUGAGGAUACAGGACGUUGUCUGAAUAAAGAGCUGCGUUCA